AAAAGAGAGAGGCCAGUCAUCAUAGUCUUCGUCCCCAACCCACACCACCACCAGCUCCCAUCCAAGGAAGAGAUAGUUAUUCAAUUCAGGUGAGCCAAUCAACCAAACGAACGCCACCCAAUUCGAUCCAACGACUCAGUUACUGAGUCACUGUUUAUUUAUGGCUGAAGAGAAACGAAUCGAAGAGGAACUCGCCUGUGCGAUCCUACUAGCAGAACGGGUUCGCUCCGCCGUCGACGAGGCCGAAUCCUUCAAGGCCGAGUGCAACCACGUGGGAAAGCACGUUGACACCAUCGUCGAGAAGCUGCGUGCUCACGUCCGCUCUGCCCAAUCCUUCUACGAGCGUCCCAUUCGCCGCAUAGUCGCGGAGGUCUGCAAGAACCUGGAGCGCGCUUUAACCCUUGUACGCAAGUGCAAGCGCCGUAACGUCUUCCGCCGUGUCUUCACCAUCAUCAGCGCCGCCGAUUUUCGGAAAGUGAUCAAUCUCCUAGAAGCUUCGGUUGGUGACAUGAAAUGGCUGUCCAGUAUCCUGGACUCCAACAAUGAUAACUCCGGGAUUGUGAUAACCCUUCCACCCAUUGCUAGCAACGAUCCGAUUCUGGCUUGGGUUUGGUCCUCUAUAAGUUCCAUUCACAUGGGACCUUUGCCUGAAAAAAUUGAAGCUGCUAAUCAGCUUGCCUCACUUGCUCAUGAUAAUGAUAGAAACAAGCAAAUCAUUGUGGAAGAAGGGGGCGUUCCCCCAUUCCUUAGGCUUUUAAGUGAGACUACUUCACCUGAUGCUCAAAUUGCUGCUGCCACUUCGCUUUAUCACUUGUCUAAUGAUGAGGACAGGGUGACGACUAUUCUGGAUGAAGCUGGGGUUCCCAUUAUUGUCAAAGUGCUUGCGGAUUCUCCAAUGAGGGUUCAAACUUGGGUGGCGCGUUUGGUGGCAAGAAUGGCGGAGCGCAAUUCGAUUGCUCAGGAUGAUUUUGCAAGGGAGAAUGCGAUGCGACCGCUGGUGACUUUGUUGUCUUUCGAGACCUUCAUGGAUGAUCAAAAGAGUUUUGUGGGUAAGCAGAGUAUUCAUUCUCUUGUUCAGAUUAACCAAGAAAUGGAGAAAAAAUCGUUAAUUGAUUCGAAUAAUAAUCACCAUUACCGCCCGUAUGUGAGUUCUUUUUCGAGUUUUCAUAGUUCGGAGGGGAGUAGUAGGGGAGGGAGUAAUCAUAGGAGAGAGAGGGAGAAUGAGAGUCCUGAAGUUAAGCAUAAGCUGAAAAUUAGUUGUGCGGAGGCUUUGUGGAUGCUUGCCAGAGAUAGUGUGUUAAAUAGUAAGAGGAUAACAGAAACAAAAGGGCUUCUUUGUUUGGCUAAAUUGGUUGAGAAGGGAGAGGGAGAGUUGCAGUUCAAUUGUUUGAUGACGAUACAGGAGAUAACUGCUGCAGCUGAGUCCAAUGCGGACCUUAGACGUGCUGCUUUUAAGGCUAAUUCCCCUGCUGCCAAGGCAGUUGUUGAUCAGCUCUUAAGGGUGAUUAAAGAGUUGGAUAGUCCUGAAUUGCAAGUUCCUGCUAUAAGAUCGAUUGGUUCAUUGGCCAGGACUUUCCCAGCUAGAGAGACUCGAGUAGUUGGCCCUUUGGUUGCCCACCUUAGCAACAGGAGCCAAGAAGUGGCAGCAGAAGCUGCCAUCACACUAGGGAAGUUUGCUACUCCUGAGAAUUUUCUUUGUGUUGCGCAUGCAAAGGCAAUAAUCGAGUUCAGUGGUGUACCGCCUUUGAUGAGAUUGCUUAGGGGAAAUGAACCGGCGCAGUUGCAUGGGUUGAUUCUUCUCUGUUACCUUGCAUUACAUGCUGGCAAUAGUGAGGCUCUGGAACAGGCUAGGGUGUUGAAUGCCCUUGAGGGAGUGGACCAGAAAAUGCUUGCACAGUUUCCUGAUUUGAAAGAACUGGUGUCCAAGGCAAUAUAUCACAUCAAUCUCUAUCACGCCGGAACGCAUUCUCAAAGGCUGCUGUAUGUGCCUUGAACACCAAAUCUGUGAGUUAGGGUAUCCACCAUACUUUUUGGUAGAACUAUCCUAUUGUUCAUAGCUCGGUCAGGUUAUUCCCUUUUAAAAAACUCAAAGAGUACAGAAACAGAGUUGGUUCAUAUAGAAACACAGUAACACGUCAUCAUAACAGAGUUUUCUGGAUAUUAUUGGUAAUUAAAACAAUUUGUUCAUGCCUUACAAAUAAAUCAAAUUAGUUAUAAAUUUA